AUGUUCAAGUCACUAGCCCUCGUCUCGGUGCUUGCCCUUACCGCCUCCGCGGACCUCUUCAACCUGAAGCAAAUCCACGACGUGUCCGAGAAAUGCCACGACCACUGCGGCGAGGUCGGCAACGUGAUCAGCAACAACUGCACGUCCCUCUUCAAGGGAUGCCUUACCGAGUUCUGCAAGGCGGCCAGUGUCAAGCCCUGCCUUGAGUGUCUCAAGACGGAGAAGAUGUACGACAAGUUUGAAUCUGUCUGCGACUUCUUCGGCAAGGACACCAACACUUCCUCCAGCAGCUCUGCUGGCCCCUCCGCCACCAGCAGCAGCGCCGUCUCGGCCGCAAGCGCAAAGGAGGACAAGAAGGACAACGGCGCCUCGUUCGCUGCGCCGGCAGUCGGUGUCGCGGCUGUGGCGGCUGCUGCCGUCGCUGCGGUUCUUUAG